AUGGCAAAGCGUGGUGAACAGAGCCAUGCGUGUGAGCAGAUGCUCGGGUUUGUCACAGAGGCUUUCAAAGAAGCUUCGAAUCUGCAGAAACGAAUCGAGCAGAGAAGAAGCGAACUCGACAAACACAAGUCUCAGCUCCUCCUGAGGUCGCUCAAGGAGCGGGGAAUCAAGAUUGAAAAAGAGACUUCUUCUGCCAUCAAGCCAAGCAACAUCGUCAAGCUCAACGUGGGAGGAACGAAGAUAGACGUAAAGAGAAGCACCAUCACUCGCUUCUCCUCCAAACUCAAGUGGAUGCUGAGCGGUCGCUGGGAUCACAUCUACAAGCUCGACAAUGAAGGACGGAUUUUCCUCGACUAUGAUGCUGGCUGGUUCGACCCUAUCAUCAACCACCUGCGGGAGCUCACAAUGCAGGACCCGACCAUCCCCAUACGGCAGCCGAAAGCCAGUCAUGGCGAUCAGUUCGGAUUCCGGCAGCUGCAGAAGCAUCUUGGCUUGGAGAAGCUGUUCUCGAGUGAAGGCGAGGUGGAGGCGGGAGUGAUGAAGCCUUGGAUGCAGGCCGUCUUGGCAGGAACCAUCGUGACGACAUUGGAAGCAGACGGCAGAGACUGUGAGUUCCGCCUCCUCCAUCGUGGAAGCCGCGAUGGGUUCGAAUGCUCGAAGGUGCAGAGCAAGAGCGCAGGUGUGGUCAACAGCAUCACCAUCGUACGUGACACGGAAGGGAACGUGUUUGGGGCCUUUGUGGACGUGGGGAGAAGCUUUCACGAGCAAUACAUUGAGUCCAGCAAGGCGUUUCUGUUCCACUUGUCCAGCAGAGGCUCACAAGACCCGAAGCUCUACAAGGUCUAUCCCGUCAAGGCCGACCAGAAGCACACAGCGGUGCGAGGAGUCCGAGCUUGCUGUGCCGUGCUGGGAGCUGGGCCGGAUCUGAGCAUAUCGAACGCAUGCAACGCCAACAACGAGAGCUCUUGCCACCUGGGCACAACGUACGAGAACUAUGGGAGCCCUCACGCUCUCACCAACGGUCGCGUCAACUUCCAGGUGGCUGAGCUGGAAGUCUGGCAAGUCAAGCUGGAGCUGGUCGGAGCCGAGGGUGUCAAAGACGCGAACCGCCGAGUGCCGACCAAGUCCGCCUCGCUCUUAUCGGAGCUGACGCGAAGGGUCAAGGACAUCGACAGCUGCGUGCAGGAGCUGCUGGGGGAGGGGGUGAGACUGCAGCAGGAGGAGGAGAACUUGAUCGAGGACGGGAGAGAUCUCGACGACGAGAUGGAGUACAUGGAGAAGAUGGAAGAGAAGCACAAGGCACAGGAGAUCAUCUUCUUCAACGUCGGCGGGAGGAAGCAUUACACCACCAAACAGACUCUGUCGCUCAUCAAGGGUUCCAAGCUCUACAUGCAGUACGCGAGUGGUCAAGUGCAGGUGCCAGAGACUGACUUGGAUGACGACGGAGACAUCUUCCUUGACAUCAACCCCUACUGCUUCGGCAAGAUCCUUUCCCAGCUGCGGCUUAGACGCCUGUACGAGGACCUGCCGGACAAGGAGCAGGACGAGAUCAACAUCGGCAUCGUCGUGGACCCCCAGUACUUGGAGUCGUUCGAUCGCAUGUUGAACUUCUACCAGGUCGAGCAGUCCGACUUGGCCUGCUUCCGUUCCUCCAUCUUGCCAGCUCGAGAGCGAGUAACCAGAUUGCUCCAGCUGCUCCGACCCCACAUGCAGGAGAUCCCUUGCCGAUACGCCUCCCUCCUCUUCCGCGGCAGCCGCGAUGGUUUCACGAGGGGCCAGCUGCAGACCAAGUGGAACAAUACGAGCAACAAGCUGCUGUUGGUCAAGGACUCCAACAACAACAUCUUCGGGGGCUUCGUCGACUCGAAGAACAACAACGCUUCCUCUAGCAGAGCCUUCCUCUUCAGCCUCGAGCUCACUGCUGACAUCCAUCAAGACUCUCUCACUGUCUGCAGGCUGAUCGGAGCCAUUCCCGACGGCUGCGCCUUCAACUUUAACGUGGGCGGCUGCUUCGCCUUCGGUAGUAGGCCUGACCUGUUCCUGUCCGAGAACUGCAACCAGAACCAGCAGAGCUCCUGCAACCUCGGGCAGACGUUCAACGCUCACAACAACCCUCACCUCCUCACCAGUGGCUCUCUCAACUUCACCGUGAUGGAGAUGGAAGCCUGGGGCCUUCACUAG